GGGUUACGAAGGUGCUUUGGAAAAUGGAGAAUAAUGAAUAUUUUGGACCAAUCGUCUUUCAGUAUUUUCUUCGGCCCGACGACAAACGUUUGAGCGCCAGUUUUGACAACACACAGGAAAAAGACGAUAGACAUGGCAGAAGAGCAAGACGCAAUGGAAGUGGACCAGGGUGUUCCACCAACUCCAAGUGCUUCUCGCAUCUUCAAUCCAGCUGAUUUUGGAGCUAUUGAGAUUCCGAAUGCACCGGAGUCAGUCGCGACAUACGACACUAAUGGCCCCCGCCUGAUGAUCACACACAUUGUGAAUGAAAACUUCAAGUCCUAUGCGGGGGUGCAGACGUUGGGGCCUUUCCACAAGAGUUUCACCUCAAUUGUUGGACCUAAUGGCAGUGGAAAAUCAAAUGUCAUUGAUUCCAUGUUGUUCGUGUUUGGAUAUCGGGCAAACAAGAUACGAUCUAAGAAGAUCAGCGUUCUCAUCCACAACAGUGAGAACCACAAGAACAUCACCACAUGUACCGUGGCAGUGCACUUUCAGAGGAUAGUAGACACAGGGCCAGGGGAUGAUGAAUAUACAAUAGUCCCCAACUCCAAGUUCGUGGUGUCUCGUACGGCGUCUAAGGACAACACCUCCAGCUACUCUGUGGAUGGGAAGCGAGCAACGUACAAGGAAGUUGCCAGGUUUCUCAGAUCAUGUGGAAUAGACCUUGACCACAAUCGGUUCCUUAUUCUACAGGGUGAGGUAGAGCAGAUAGCCAUGAUGAAGCCAAAAGCGCUCACUGAACAUGAGGACGGAAUGCUGGAAUUUCUGGAGGACAUCAUCGGCAGUAACCGUUUCAAGGAGCCCAUUGAAGUAUUGUCGAAGAGAGUCGAGUCUCUCAGCGAGAUGAGAGCAGAGAAGCUGAAUCGUGUAAAGGCGGUAGAGAAAGAGAAGGACGACCUGGAGGCCCCCAAGAAUGAAGCCGUGGAAUUCCUCUCCAUGGAGAACAGUAUUGUCAAGCUGAAGAACAAGCUCUACCAAAAAUACAUAGGAGAGUGUGCUGUGAACGAAGAAAAGGCUACCAAAGAGUAUGACAAGAUCAACGAUAGUAUGAAAGAGGUGAACUCAAAACUCCAGGAAAUCAAUACAGCCAAGAAGGAGAAGGGAAAAGAUCACAAGAAAAUAUACAAGGAGUACGAGACCCUGGUGAAGCAGUGUGAGGAGACCAAGAAUGAGUUCAAGGAGUUUGAGCGCCAGGACGUGAAGUGUCGAGAAGAUCUGAAACACUCGAAGGCCAAGACCAAGAAGCUGGACAAGACCCUGGAUCAGGAGAAGAGAAAGAUUGAGGAACUGAGAGCUGUGCCAGAAGAAAGCGAGAAAGCAAUAGCAGAUAUGAAGAGAAAACUGGAAAAGCUAGAAGCUGACAAAGCCAAGGAAGAAGAAAAACUGAAGGAUGUCAUGGAAAGUCUCAAGACGGAGACAAAGGGCCUACAAGAGGAGAAAGAUGGGAAGGAAGAGAAGCUGUUGGAUUUACAGAAAGGUGUCAAUGAAACCAAAUCAAAGCUUCAAGUAGCUCAGUCUGAGCUGGACCUGUAUCUUAGCAACCAGCAGACGGCGACCACCAAGCUGGAGGAGAUGCAGAAGAACCUGGACAAGGCUGAAACCAACAUGAAGGAUAGAAAAAGUGGAAUUGCCGAGCUAGAGAAAACCAUCCCUGAAGUAGAGCAACUGGUGGCCAAGUGCAAGAAGGAGCUAGAGUCAGCUGUCAGUGUUGAAUCUAGGUCGACCGAAGAGGUUCGCAGUCUGAGAGCCAAGGUCGAGGACGCCCGCAACUCAAUGCAGUCGGCCAAGAGACAGGGCAGGGUGAUCGAGGCACUGAUGGACCAGAAGAAGUCAGGCAAACUACCAGGCAUACAAGGCAGAUUGGGAAACCUGGGGGCAAUAGAUGAGAAGUAUGAUGUUGCCGUGUCAACGGCUUGCGGGGCCCUGGACCACAUCGUUGUGGACAGCAUCAACACGGCACAGAAGUGUGUGGAGUUCCUCAAGAAGAACAGCGUGGGUUCAGCCACCUUCAUUGGCUUGGACAAGAUGCAGCGAUGGGUGGAACACACCAAGAGGAAGAUCACAACACCAGAGAAUGUACCGCGGCUGUUUGAUCUUGUUAAAACAAAGGAUGCUGCAAUUUUGCCAGCAUUUUACUUUGCACUGAGAGACACUCUUGUGGCUAAAGACUUGGAUCAGGCUACUCGGAUAGCCUACGGGAAGACGCGGUACCGGGUUGUCACACUGACGGGGCAGCUGAUUGACACAUCAGGUACCAUGAGUGGUGGUGGUACGUCAGUGAGCAGAGGAAGAAUGGGAUCGUCCCUUGCCUCGGAUGCUGUGGACCCCAAACAACUGGCCAACAUGGAGAACACACUCGAAAAGUUGAUGUCAGAGUCCCGGGAAGCGAGAGGACGGAAGGAGGACCUGGAGGACAAGAUCGGACACAAUGAGAAGGAUCUUACCAACAUGAAACACAGUCUGCAGAAGUUCAAGAUGGAGAUCAAGGCUCUGUCAGACCAGACCACGACACUGAAGGCACAGAUUGUGGAGCAGCAGGAGAAGGUCAAGGCCGCAGCCCCCGAUCAGAAACAGCUGAAGGAGUUGGAGAAGAAAGUCAAUGAAUACAAGAAAGAUUUUGACAAAGCCAGUGGUGCUGCAUCCAAAAUAGAAGCUGAGGUACAGAGCCUCCACCAGCAAAUCAUGGACAUUGGAGGCUCGAAGUUGAAAGCUGUUCAGAGCCGUGUGGAUGCAGUUUCACAGCAGAUAGAUCAGGUCACCGGACAGAUGACCAAGGCCAAUGUAGGAGUGAAGACAUCAGAGAGAAACUUGAAGAAGGCAGAGGACAAGGUGAAAUCUGUGGAGGAGGAGAUUGAGGAGAACAAACAGAAAAUGGGUGAACUGGAGGCACAGUUUAAACAACUGGAAGAAGAUGCCAGCAAAGUUCUAGAGGCCUACCAACAGUCUCAGGAGAAGAUGGGGGAUGUGGAGAGCUCCCUGAAUGAGAUCAAGACAGAGCUGGGCAAGUUGGAGGAAGAGGAGAACACACUCCAGAAGGAGACCAUUGAGGUGCGCCAUGAGCUGGAGAAGUACGAUGGCAUCAUCAAGACUAACCAAGCCAAGAUCAAGCACUGGAAGAAAGAGCUUGGUCAUCUUAGCCUGAACAAGGUGGAUGGUGUUGAGAAUGAGGAGAUGGUGACCGUAGCGACGGAGCAGCUCACCGGCAUCAACAAGGAGGAGGUCCAGUAUGAGAUCACGGUCCUGGAGGAGAAGCUCGCACAGAUGAAGCCCAACAUGGCUGCCAUUGCUGAGUACAGGAAGAAGGAGGAGCUGUACCUCCAGAGAGUGUCGGAACUCGACUCCAUCACCGAGGUACGAGACCAGCAGCGGAAGUACCACGAGGAUCUCCGCAAGCAGCGAUUGGAUGAGUUCAUGACAGGAUUCAGCGCCAUCACCAACAAGCUGAAGGAGAUGUACCAGAUGAUCACUCUCGGGGGAGAUGCAGAGCUGGAGCUGGUCGACUCACUCGACCCAUUCUCGGAAGGAAUUGUGUUCAGUGUGCGGCCGCCCAAGAAGUCAUGGAAGAACAUCUCCAAUCUGUCUGGAGGGGAGAAGACUCUCAGUUCUCUAGCUCUGGUGUUUGCCCUGCACCAUUACAAGCCCACCCCCCUGUACGUCAUGGACGAGAUUGAUGCUGCUCUCGAUUUCAAGAAUGUCUCCAUUGUUGCCAACUACAUCAAGGAGAGAACGAAGAAUGCACAAUUCAUUAUCAUAUCGCUGAGAAACAACAUGUUCGAGUUAGCUGAUCGAUUGGUGGGGAUCUAUAAGACAGAUAACUGCACAAAGUCGGUCACCAUCAACCCCAAGAAGCUCUCUAUACCACUGCAGGAGAUCAAUGCCUGAGACCUGAUGUCUGCACAUACACCAGUGCUGACUGGUGGAAAUACCUAGGACUGUUACAAUGAAACACCAGUGCUGAUUGGUGGAAAUAUCUAGGACCGUUACAAUGAAACACCAGUGCUGAUUGGUGGAAAUAUCUAGGAAGACUGUUUAAUGAAACAGCAAUGCUGACUGGUUUGAAACACUAAGGAUGACUGUCACUUUGAAUCACCAAUGCUGAUUGGUGGAAACAUCUAGGAUGAUAGUUUAAUGAAACAGCUAUGCUGAUUGGUGGAAACACCAAGGAUGACUGUUACAAUGAAACACCAAUGCUGAUUGGUGGAAAUAUCUAGGACUGUUACAAUGAAACACCAAUGCUGAUUGGUGGAAAUAUCUAGGAAGACUGUUACAAUGAAACACCAAUGCUGAUUGGUGGAAGCAUCUAGGAUGCUAGUUCAAUGAAACAGCUAUGCUGAUUGGAAGAAACACCAAGGAUGACUGUCACAAUGAAACGCCGAUGGAAAAGUAUAAGAUGUAUGUUUACAAUGAAAACACAAGGACUUAUUUGUGGAGUAUUAGGGGACAAUAUCCAGAUGAAGAUUUACUUUUAUUUGGUAUUUGUAAAUAGUUCAUUCACUGACUUCACAACUCAUCUGUAAACAAGAAGCAUAUGUUCAUAACGUCAGUCUACUUAAAAACUGUCUUGGUGACAUGUGCUACCAGGUUGUUGAAAUUUAAAUGCUGCCACCAUUCUUCAAGAAUCAAAGACUAACAGUACGUUGUUCAAGCUAAAAUGUUUCUGUCAUGGAAGGAAAGUCAACCGUCUGACAAUUGGUAAAUCCCAUGUAGGAUGUAAAUAGGGUUAUCAAGGAAUUUGUAAUAGACAUUGAGAUGUAGCAGAACAGCUUCAGUACAAACUGUGAUCCACUCCUACCAUGCUUCCUCCAGAGUGAUACCUAAAUGAAAUUUAGUCAACUGUUAGACCAAGCUUCUCCCCCCUCCCCAAUCUGUUAUAGACAUUUGUGAUGUACUACCUUUAUUACAUUCAAUAUACCAUUAGACCAAGCUUUUUCUUUUCUCUCUCUCUCUCUCUCUCCCUCCCUUCUUCCCCCGUUUCUCCUCUCUCUCUCUCUCUCUCUCUCUCUCUCUCUCUCCGUCCCGCCCCACCCUUUCCCCAUCUGAUAGCGAGACUGAGAUGUCAUACCUGUAUUCAGCUUUCUUGUUAGGCCACCAAACCCAUACAAGGUUUUACCGCUAUCACAAUAUUUAAAUAUUCUGUAUUCAAGUUACAAAUGGAAACACAUGAUUGGCUCUGCUUGUCCCAUGGGAUCCACAAAAAAUUGUUUGAAUCAUUCGCAUGUACAUUUUACUGUAAAAUUAAAUAUACAAGGGUCUUACAUAGACUACCUCUCUCAUUGUCCAACCAACUUCACUAAGCUUGUUUCAAACAAGAAAAUUCCCACAUAUAAUUACAGGAAGGCUUGAGAAAUACUUCACAUUGUAUUUGUGGCUGGAACAGAGGUGGCACUUUGUACAGGAAGUAUGGUAUGUUUGGGUCUGUAGGAUGGCUUCAGUGUUCAAGCAUUUCUUACUAGGUAUGCACAAGGUCUCAAUGACAACUUCAAGACAAAUACGUUACACUAACUUACAACAGUCUAAUCACUAAGAACAAUUUGUUAUAGGGCACUGGGUUCAAUUCUGAUGGGGUACAUUGCGUGAAACCUAUUUAUUCCUCGUACUCAUUUGUAUCUACCAUUUUAUCUCAAUGAGUGAGUGAGUAUGGUUUUACGCCGCUUUUUUAGCAAUCUUCCAGCAAUAUCACUUUUGGGGACACCAGAAAUGGGCUUCACACAUUGUACCCAUGUCGGGAAUCAAACCCAGGUAUUCGGCGUGACGAGCGAACACUUUAACCACUAGGCUAGCCCACCACCCCUUUAAUUCAAUUUCAAUUUCAACUUGAAUAUUUGAACACCUACUUAAACAGUCGUAGCACUGUUCAUUCACUUGUACAAAUCUGCUGUCGAGGGGCGGUCGGGUAGCCUAGUGGUUAAAGCGUUCGCUCGUCAUGCCGAAGACCCGGGGUCAAUUCCCGACAUGGGUACAAUGUGUAAAGUCCCCUGCCGUGAUAUUGCUGGAAUAUUGCUAACAGUGGCGUAAAACCAUUUGCUGUUGCAUUUAAUUGAGUCACUAUCAUGGACCCCAAGCUGUUCAGACUAUGGUUGGUUGGUUUGUUUAAUGCCGCACUCAGCAAUAUUCCAGCUAUAUGGUGGCGGUCUGUAAAUAAUCGAAUCUGGUACAGACAAUCCAGUGAUUAAUAUCAUGAGCAUCUAUC